GGAUGUGACCCACUGGGCCACCUCACUUGCUCCAGAGCCUGCAGGUGGCAUUUUGGGAAAACUAGCAGAAGCCAACAAAGGAAUCUGCUGUUGGCUGUGCUGUCUACAGAGCUUUGUUUCUAGCUGUUCUCUGACAAAGGGCUUGUUCUGUGCAGCACAUCUCGUCCUCUUUGUUCAGCCUCUGGCUUCAAACACUGAAUCACAAAUAUUCUCCAGCUGGGAAUCAGACAAGGGCAGAGAUGAAGAACCCAGAAGCCCAACAGGAUGUUUCAGUUUCCCAGGGAAUUCGCUUGAUGUUUUACAUGAUGAAGCCCAAUGAAACGUCAUUCCGAACCCUAGAAGAGGUGCCUGAUUAUGUAAAAAAGGCAACUCCAUUUUUCAUUUCCUUGAUGCUGCUUGAACUGGCUGUCAGCUGGAUUCGAAAAGGGAAGCCACCAGGUCGUGUGGAUGAUUCAUUAACAUCAAUGUCAGCCGGUAUUCUGUCUAGGCUUCCACGGCUGUUUUCCAGGAGCAUUGAGCUGACCAGCUAUGUUUAUAUCUGGGAGAACUACAGGCUCAUCGGUUUGCCGUGGGAUUCUCCAUGGACCUGGUAUUUAACUUUCUUAGCAGUUGACUUUGGAUACUACUGGUUCCAUCGCAUGGCCCAUGAGGUUAAUAUUAUGUGGGCUGGACACCAAACACACCACAGUUCUGAAGACUAUAACUUAUCCACAGCACUGAGACAAUCCGUCUUCCAAGUAUAUACUUCCUGGAUAUUCUACUCUCCCCUGGCCCUCUUCAUACCUCCUUCAGUAUAUGCUGUUCAUCUUCAGUUCAAUCUCCUCUACCAGUUUUGGAUCCACACAGAGGUCAUCGGUAACCUUGGUCCUUUGGAACUGAUUCUUAAUACUCCUAGCCAUCAUAGGGUCCAUCACGGCAGAAACCGUUAUUGCAUAGACAAAAAUUAUGCCGGCACUCUUAUUAUAUGGGAUAGAAUUUUUGGGACAUUUGAGGCAGAGAGUGAGAAAGUUGUAUAUGGUCUAACACAUCCCAUUAAUACAUUUGAACCAUUCAAGGUGCAGUUCCACUAUUUAAUUUACAUAUGGACUACAUUCUGGGCCACACCUGGAUUCUUCAAUAAGUUUUCUGUCAUAUUUAAAGGACCAGGAUGGAGUCCAGGUAAACCAAGACUUGGACUGAGUGAAGAAAUCCCAGAGGUCACAGGGAAGGAAGUUCCCUUCUCAUCACUGGCGUCUCAACUCUUAAAGAUAUAUGCAGUAGUACAGUUUGCUCUGUUGCUAGCAUUUUAUGAAGACACCUUUGCAGACAAAGCUGCACUAUCACAGGUCACUCUCCUUCUGAGGGUUUGCUUCAUUCUCCUGACCUUGACCUCCAUUGGACUACUUCUGGACCAAAGACCUAAGGCAGCUCUUGUCGAAACUCUCCGUUGCUUGGUGUUCCUAACGCUGUGGAGAUUUGGUCAUCUGAAGCCUUUCAUCCCUUCCUUGUCAUUAGCUUUUGAGAUUUUUUUUUCCAUCUGUACUGCUUUCUGGGGAGUACGAAGCAUAAAACAACUUGCCUCUGGCCCUUGGAAAUAAGUUUGUACACAAUUCUCUUACUUUAAUCAGUUAUCCACAAUGUCAAUAUAUUACUACGGCCUAUGGAAACAUAAUUAUCUUACACAAUGAUUAUAUGAACUAUUUCUUUAAUGAAAGAUAGAUAUGCUUAUUUACUCUUGCUUGCUUUCCACGUUUAUUAUUUUCUGAUAAAUUAAAUUCAGCUGCACUUACUUCGCUUUAUUUCUAGGGUUUAAAACAUAUGAUUUCAAAUAUAAUGAUGUUAUAUCCACUGGUUGCAUCUAAGCCAAUGGAUACAAGAAAAGGAAGGGAGAAAACUUAAAAACAGGGAAAAGAAUGAAGAUUUCACUUGCGCUGAUUUGACAGCAACGUUUUCUUUGCUAUUGACUAAAAUUGUGCUUAGAUAUAUAUUUGUUGUCAUAAAGUGUAUUACGUUAGUUAUCUGCCUAAGGCUGUAUUUUCCUUUGAAAACUACACAACCUAAGGAGCUACAUUACAGAAAAAGACAUCACUGAAAUGAAAAUGAAUUGAAUUUGUCAGAAUUCAUUUAUUCAACAGAUUAAUUUAUGAUACAUAUGUCUAAUAAAUUUGGCCAAUUUGUUUUAGCAGAUUGAGGAGCAAGUAGUAAUUCCGUUUUAUUUUAAAUUGCCACAACGGUGUUAAUAAAACUCUCUAAAUAAAA